AAAAAGCAUUCUAAGAUAGGAGAACGCAAUAUUAAAUGCGAUAAUAUAUUUCUUUUCGAAUAUCAUUUAAAUGAGCCAAAAUAUAGAAUAGUUCGAGAUUUUUAUAAAUAUCUUGCCCAAGACAAAUCAAAGCUCUAUUAUAAAGAUGUCAUAUUUUCUUCACUAUCUCCUGAUAAAAUCCCAGAUCCCAAAAAGUUUAAUGCUAAAAGAAAAAUUCCACUAGAUAUUUGCGAAAAUGCUACUCACAUUGUUCUCUUUAAUGGUGGGGGCUCUAUUCAAAAACUUGCAGAUAUUAUAAGUUCUUACACUGAUGUAGAUCCGCGAAAAGCUUCAAAAAUUAUUUGA